CUGCAGCUCUUCCUGGCGAAGAAAGACGAGGGCCGCGGCGCGUGGCUGCCAGACGACGACCAAGCUGCGCUGGAUCUGGAGGACGGAAAGAUUCAUGAGGACAUUCAAGCGUUGAUCGAUGAGGACGUGUUGACAGCUAACAAUAUGACCAAACGGAAAGGGCGCGCUCCAAAGUCGAGACAAAUCCACGUGCUGGUGGUGGUUCCGGAGCAAGAACACGCACAAACUGGAUUGUGGCUUGUCACUGGAUCCGUUGAAAACGCGUUGAUCACGAAAGGAAUUCGCUGCAAACUGUACUGGAUGGCGACGUUACGCAUUGGAUACUACGAUCCUACGCGCUGCAUCGGCAACAAGAAUGUCGCGUUUUGGUAUGAAGACAAGAAAUUGUGUUUUCAUGUUUUAUUCGAGACAAUAAAUGCUGCUUUGCUGUUCGAAACUGACUUAAGGACUGGGCCACAAACGCUGGGCUCUCCGUUAACUAACCAGGUUGUUGAGACGCGUGUUGCACCAGCUAACGCUGUGUCUACUGAUCUCCAGCGCGUCUUCUACUGCGACUACGUUCCAGACGAUUCGGAAUCUCCUCAAAACACAGUUUCAUCGAUAUCGUUGACUACAAGCGUUUCGAAUCUGGACUCAUCGACUGACGAGUUUCGUUUUCAGCGGAUUGAGCACGAGAAGUUCUUCCUACCGUACGGCAAGGCAGAAAGCUGCCAUUUGGUGUCGAGAAAGCAAAGCAGAGACCACAAACGGGAAUUCGCCAAGUACGAUCGCGACUCAAACAACAGGCUUGCGUUUUCUCGCGAUAUGCAUGGUUGGUUCGACGGUAUGAGCAUUGAGGUUCCCAUCGUCAACAUGCUGCCCGGAUCUGUUGAAGAGAAUCAAUCCAUUGGCAACAGACGCAAGGUCGAGGUCUUCGUGAAGGUUCUGGAUGCUCAGUGCACAGAUGGCGUUUUCAGUCGUUUGAAAGAAGGAUCAACCACGACGAACGAUCCGCUCAUGAUGAAGACGUUUGUUCACGUGGAGGAUCCAGAAACAUUUUGUUUGUGCAUGAGGUGGAAGCACGACGAUACUGCGGAGCGUUGGAGAAGCUAUUGGGAUAUGACUCCUGCGGUCGAUUGAAUGGAAUAAUGUGGCUCCCGAGUUAAAUACUUCGAAGUAGUAUUUGAUUUCUUGACAUACUUUGAUCCUGAUAAAUAUAAAGUUAGUAAUAUACAAAGAUGGCGUA